AAAUCCUUGGUCUCAGAAAGCUGAGGACGCCAUUGGCCAUUGCUUAGUGCAGCAUUGACAAAGGAACACAGUAGUCUAGCGUUUUGUAGUUGCUGAAUUUCAUUGAAUGUGAUUUCAAUCACGUUAAAAUGUGCACCCCCAUUAUGCACUCAUGCCGCGAGUGCUGAGGUCUUUGGUUGGAUCUCCGUGUGAGGAGCCAAAGACCAGCGUGACAGAUCGGGCAGCGGGCAUCGCAUCGGGCAUCGGGCAUUUCCUCCACUAGGCUUGAUUCAGCUCGGCGAGCCCGUGUGCACAAGUGCACAAUUAGAAGAACAUCAGAUCGUCGCUCUGUCGGCAAACCGGGCUUCCAUCUCAAUUUAUUCCUGCGCUUUGGAAAAACAUUGAUCCGAUAGCUCCAUUUGACGAGACAGACACUGCGCUUCUUCGCUAGACGAGUGCAUAACCUAAUGUUUGGGUUAGCAUUUUUAUGGGUGAAUGCAUUUCUCACAGAAAAGAAUUGUUAGUGAACAGAGCAAAUGUAAUGGUACCCAAGUGGUGGACAUGAGUUUGUUGACUGGUAUUUGCUAUACCUGAAAAUGGCCAACAACAAAUUAACAAAUCCCAUUAAGGGCUUAGUCAGCAAGCGAAGAAAGCGGUAUACUCAAGAUGGGUUCAACUUGGACCUUACCUACAUCCAGAGCAAUCUCAUUGCAAUGGGUUUUCCAGCAGAGAAAUUAGAAGGAGUUUAUCGUAAUCAUAUUGAUGAUGUGUAUAAGUUUCUAGAAAAGAAACACAAGGACCACUAUAAGAUUUACAAUCUUUGUUCUGAAAGAACAUACGAUGUUGCUAAAUUUCAUAAUAGAGUUUCCAUUUAUCCUUUUGAUGAUCACAAUCCCCCUACAAUGGAGCUUAUUCAACCCUUCUGUGCUGAUGUUCACAAAUGGCUUUCACAAGACUCAAAGAAUGUAGCUGCUGUACAUUGUAAAGCUGGAAAGGGCCGGACAGGUACAAUGGUGUGUUGUUAUAUGCUACAUGCCAAGCUCUUUCCAACUGCCAGUGAAGCCCUGAGCUACUAUGGAGAUAAGCGAACUCAUGAUAAGAAGGGUGUUACGAUUCCAAGUCAGCGCAGAUAUGUUGAAUAUUAUGCCUCUCUUGUACAAGAGCAAUUGGUGUAUCGCCCAGUAACUUUAACUAUAAGAGAAAUAAGGCUAGAACCUAUGCCAGUUUUAAAUGGUGGUCAAAGCAGUAUCAUGUUUACAAUAUCAAUGAGAAACAAUAAACUCUAUCAAUCACAAAUCUAUGAAGUUAAAAAGGGUGCUCCGUCACUCACAAUAAAUUUAGAGCUCUGUGUAUAUCUUAACGAUGACAUAAAAGUGGAGUUUUUCAACAAACCAAAAAUGAUGAGGAAGGAAAAACUUUUCCACUUUUGGUUUAACACCUUUUUUGUAAGAGAAGAAGCGACCCUUGUACCUGAACCGAAAGAAAAUGGGAAUGAUGUUGAAAGACCUGAGCGAACUACUAGAGCGCUCAGCUAUGAUGAGGAGGCUCAGAUAGGCCAGUGCGAUGCCAGCAGCAGAACAAGGUCUUUGGCUCCACUGAAUCCAGAUACUAAAGUGGUUAUCCUCCGGCUUGACAAGUGGGAACUCGACGAUGCCCACAAGGAUAAACAAAAUAAAAUUUAUGCAUCAGAUUUUAGGGUGCAUGUGUCAAUGGCUCGAUUGCCUCCUGAACCUUCAGAUUGGCACAAGUCCCAUCUGCACUCCAGCAAUGUUAUGAACCCUCAUGACACUCCAAGUGAAUCAUCUGAGGCUGAUUCCACGGACCCUUCAACGGCUGAGGAGGAAGAAGAUGAUGAAGAGGAAGAGGAAGAUGGGUGGGAAUCUGCUGCAAGGCACGUCGCCGAACUUUAACCAAGUGGAGGCCACGGAGAGUCGCCGAGUGGGACGCUACAGCCUUCUGUCCAACUCAGAAUUCUGCCCGUCGAAUCAGCCUUUUGCUUAAGGAAGAACUCAAGCUGCUGCUGAUGCGAUUCACCACCCUGCUCCAACAUUUGCCCAGUGAGAAAACAAUUAAACUUUUAUUAAUGACAAAUGUGUAUUAGUAGAUCAACUAAAAAAAUUAAAAAAAUGUAAUUAGCUCUAUAGGUUUUCAUGACCAGGAAUCAAAAUUUUGUACCUUAGUAGGCCCUUUGUCUGGAUUGGAUUUUGUGGUUGUUUUAUAGAAAAGUGUGCAUUCAUCCUGGCCUAUCUUGGCUCUUGUUUUGGAGAAAUGUCUUUUCUUUGGAGUGGAAAUUGGGUGAGACAAGCUGCUAAUUCUGCACUGUCUGUGUCUCUUCUUAAAUAUCUAUGUAUUUGGUUGUUAUGAUUUAUUUGUACAAGGCAAUCAAUACCGAAGGAUCUUUUUGACAUGAGUAUCUUCAUCAUUGAUCUCUCAUAAACCUUUCCUUUAUCUAAGAAGCUUCUUAUGUAUUCUCAGAUGAAGAAAUUUGUGGUGGGUUUGCCUUUCUGUAGUUUUAAAUUUUGAAGUGCAAUACACCUUUGUCGAUUCCCCCUCUCUCUCCCUAUUUUAAACUUUUAAAAGAGAUGAAAAGACACAGGCUAAUAUCAAAUAUCUGGUUUAGUUAGAAUGCAUGUGAUUAUUCUGGCACCAGAUAAUGUUAUUGCUGUUUGUACAAUCCUUUUAAUCAUUCUCUUCCAAAAAAACAUAUUCUCAAAUCUGAAUGUAGGGUCAAAUUUUUAUUUAUCUUCUACCUAUUUUCGUGUUUGUAUGUUUGGUUGGGAUCAGUGCUUGAGAUGUUAUUUUAUAUUUAAAUGUUGCAUUUAACUUGCAACAUAGCAUUUUCGUUUUUAAAUUUAAAGACAAUAAAGCAAACAUUUAAGUUACCUGACUAGGAAUUCUUAAGCCAACUCAUGAUCUGGUGACAGUAACCCUUGCUUCAGGUUGUCAGCAUUGAAGUUGAAAUGAAAGUAACAGUAUUUUGUUCGUGGAGGAUAUUUAUUGGAGGGUGAAACAAGAGCAAAGAGGGGCAGGAUAUUAGUGUACAAGUUUAUGUCCACAUUUCUACAUUUGUUUUACACUAUGUGCAUAUUUGUUUUUACUUCAUCAAUCCUUUUUUGGUGUGUGUGUGUGUGUGUGUGUGCGCGCGCGCGUGUAUGCGUGUGUGAUUGUCCAGUUUCUGGUUUAUUGCUCGUGAAAACGCUAGUGCUAUCAGCUUAAGCACUGACAGUUUGGUCUUUCUUUCCUAUUUGUAUAAUUUAAGAGCUGUAUGACUUACAUUUACAUCACUCAAUUAAAUGAACUUUUUAAUUUUAUGAUUGCACAGCUCUUGAAAUUUUGGGUUCAGAUUAUAUUUGAUUUUCCAAUAGAGAGUUCUGAAUUUGGUGGAAAAUAACCGUACCAUGUUUUUGAUUUUACAUUUCUUCUCAAAAACCAUCUUUAAACGGAUAACAUUUUAAAACCAAUAACUGAAUUAUUCCAAGGGAAGUUCUAUUUGAUUACCCUUUUUCACUUGGAGCAGAAGCUUUUGGUUUGACUUUGAUUUUUGAGUAAACAAUUUGCAUAUUGUAAAGUCUGGAACUCAUGAGUAUCUCAUUUUUUUGCACAUUGUUUUACUGUCACAUGAUCACUGUUCUGCACUACCAAUGUGCUUUUUCAGCCCUCUGUCAAUGAACCUCACAAGUGUUUAGAAGUUUUCUAGGUAUAUUGAGAAAGCUUAAGCUGUUACUGUUGCAUAUUUAAAAUGCUAACCCUGUUAUUAUUGAAGUGGUUCAGUGCCUAGUGUUUAGCAAAAUCAAUUUGGAUAUGCUCCUGUGCCUGAAACCUGUGUGAUCUCUUGUUUUCUUAAAUGUAAGUUUUAAAGAUGUACAGUCCUGUUUAUGGUUGGAUGCAUAGAAGGGGUCAGUUCCCACAGGGUGUAUCAUGAAGUUAUGUUUUGGAGCGUUGCUGUGAUGUGGAUGUUUUACACUUUGAGCCAAUAGGCACAAGGUGUUUGCUGUAGGAGGUGGUUUGUUGCAAGUACAAAUGUUCCAUUUUCUCCCUAGCUUUAUCAACUUGUUACAGUACUCCCUUAUGCCUCUUCAAAUUUAGAUUCACUGAAUUUCUUUAAAUUAGGGGAUAUGGAAAGAAAUAUUCUUUGCUACAAGUCACCCAGCACACUUCAAAUUUAUUAUUGUAUGAUGAUUGAGCUUUGAUGAUAAAUCAAAGUAUCAUUUAGGAUGUUCCCUUUUUCAAGCUUGUUUAUAUUUUGAUAUUUUUCAAUCUCCUCCUUUCCUCAGAUUUAUAAUUUUUUAUAAUUUUUAUGUUAGAUAACCUGUUUUUGUUCAACUUGUGGAAUUACUUUUAAAGUACUUUAUUCACCUUAGGUACAAAUUCAGCAACAUGUGAAAUUGUAUUUCCCUUUUUUUUACGGUUUUCUUUACGUUUUUCUUUAAAUGCUGAGAUAUGGAUAGUUGUGAAUGAGUUGUGGUAUUGUCUAGGUAUUGUUGACUUUUUUUCUCCUUUUGUAUCUCUAUCUUCUUUGAGAUCUGUUAAUAGAUUUGAGUUGCACCACAUAGUGGAAGAGUAGGACUGCUGUGUGUGGUACCUAGUGUGCUUCAUGUACAAUUUUGUACUAUGUAGUACUUUGUAUUACACUUUUGAAGCAAUCGUUGUACAUCACGGACUGAAUGUAUCAUUCAUCUGCAUUAAAGAGCUGUACUUGUUUAUGUACAGUUACGUUUAGUGCUGUGAUUCUUGACUCUAAGCCAGUGUUAUGUUGUGCAAACCUUUGUGUGGUGUAUCUGCUUGAUGACUAUUUUUCCAUAAUAUUGCAUUAUGUAGUUGAGUUUCAUGUACAGUAUUGUGCCAUACCCUGAUGUAACAUAAAUAAGUUGUACUCAUUUAUCAUCAAGCUUUUUCACCCAUACCUUACACAAAAGUGCUCUGUGUAUAAUGCAGUAUGGUAUCAUCAACUACCAUACUGUUUAAUAACUCCUUUCUUUUUCUUUUAUAAAACCUAUACCACCUUCCUUUUUUUUCUUUUUUUUUUUUUUUUAAUAGUCUAUGUGAAAAGAGAACAUUCAUAUUAUAGGGAAAUGAAUUUGUAUUAUUCCCAUUCAAAAUAUGAAGUGUUAAACUAAACCCCUUCCCCCCGAAAAAUUCAAAAAAGGAAAGAAAAAAACAUGAAAAUUAAACACAGUUUUGAAUGAA